AUGUCCAAUGCCAUUCGCAUUCACCGCCAUCCGCUGUCCGGUCACGCGCACCGGGCGCAGCUUUUUGCCAGCCUGACCGGCAUCAACCAUGAGCUAGUCGAUGUUGACCUGCUGUCGGGUGAACACAAGAAAGAACCGUUCCUGAGUCUCAAUCCUGCCGGCAAGGUUCCGGUUCUGGAAGACGGGGAAGUCGUCGUCGCCGAUUCCAAUGCGAUCCUUGUCUAUCUUGCCCGUAAAUAUGCGCCGGACUGGAUGCCGAAAGACACGGUCGGUGAGGCCGAAGUGCAGCGUUUCCUUUCGCUGGCUGCAAACGAAAUCGCCAAUGGACCGGCGGCAGCCCGCCUGAUUACCGUCUUCGGUGCGCCGCUUGAUGCGGACCGGGCAAAGACGAUCGCGGCCGGUGUCUUUGGCCAGCUGGAGGCUCAUCUGAAUGGUCGUGACUGGCUGGUCGGAAACCGGCCGUCGGUCGCCGAUGUCGCUAUCUACAGCUACACGGCGCACGCGCCAGAGGGCAAUGUCGGGCUCGACGGCUAUCCGAAUAUCCGCGCGCUCCUGGCCCGUAUCGAAGCGCUGCCGGGCUUUGUGCCGAUGCAGGCCACAAAGGCCGGAUUGGCCGCCUGA